AAUUGGCUCACCCAGCAAAGCUCAGUGAGUAAUGUAUCAUAUCUAGCUCACAUUGAUCCCUGUUCUACCGUGCUCGUGGUCAUGUGUUCGAGUCCAGGUUCACGUGUUGUAUGGUGGUGCAGCUACACUGGCAGAGUCCAUCAACAUGAAGGGUACGUGUCUUCCCUUCAGGUGGGAGCGAGUACAUUGAUCCAGUAGCAUUACGCCUUAAAAGUGCUAUGCAAUGAGUGUUUCCGCGUCUUUUCUCCACAUGGUCUACCGAGGGCGCAGUGAUUUAGCGUUCACUUGUUCUCGUGGAAGAUGGAGGCUGGUUAUCACGUCUAAAGACAUAUUCGAGCAUUUUCGCAAUGCACUCAGACUCUUGCACGACCACCAAAAAAUCAUGACAAGUCCCACUGAUGACAGGUUGUCAGAUGCAGACAUCAAAGGCUGCAAGAUCGCAUUCUCACGAAGUGGUAGCACUGCCGACAUGGCGACCGCCAGCUCGGGCUUUGGGAUAGCUCUUGCACCCACGAACUACAGAACUAGAUUGCAGGGCAACAAAGGUGGAGAUAUGUCCAUCUUUUCGUUACUGGUGUUCGCACAAAUGCUCACAGAAAUAAUCUACAAGCUCCCGAAGUGUUUUCAUAUAAGGCUAGUAUUACGAAUAUUGGCUACAUUUUGUAUUUCGUUGACAUAUAUUUUAUACUCAAACGUUACGAAGAAUUAUGCAUAGUGGCAAACCAUACAGUAAAUUGGCGAAUGUAAUGAAACGAACUUGCUCGAUUCCUUGGUAGAUUAUCUCAAUGUCAGAGAGUGCGAUUCUCAACGUUCU